AUGACCGUAUCGCAAUUCUUUAUACUCUCGCCUAGUGGAGAUGUUCUAUUAUCCAGGAAUUUUAGAAAUGAGUCGACGAAAAACAUUGAUCGAUUCUAUAAACAUUUGAAAGAAAGAGGUGACUCAGUGCCACUGUUUGAGUUGGACGGAAUGUUGUACUUUUAUAUUAGAAGGUCGAGCCUAUACUUUGUAAUAACGACAAAGUACAUAACCUCGCCAUCGUACGUGUUUGAAUUGCUUCAAAAAAUAACAAAUUUCCUAAAAGAUUUCAUAGGACUGUUGAACGAGGAGAGCAUAAAAAAUAACUUUAUUCUGGCGUAUGAAAUAUUGGACGAAAUAUUGGACUACGGAUACGCACAGUGUCUGGAUAUAAAUCAGCUAAAACAGAAAAUAUAUAACACAUCGACAAUAUCGUCGAACAAUACGUUUAAACCGGUGAUAAAUAGUAGUAACCAGACGGUGAUACCGUCAAUAGUGAGUAACAAGUCACUGAUAAACCCAAAUAACAAAAAUGAGAUAUUCAUUGACAUUCUGGAGAAGGUGACGGCAAAAAUGAGCGCAGAAGAAAUGAAGUACACAAUUGAAGGCCAAAUACAAGUUAAAUCGUACCUGAAGGGGUUCCCAACGAUAGAGCUAUUUCUAAACAGAGAUUUAAAAAUGCAGCUUCUGGGAGCACAAAAUAUGCAAAACGCCUCAAGCACAAGGUCAAUUGACGCAAAUUACACUGAAGCUAUUGAAAGUGGUCUUGAGAGUGUAGUGAACAACUGCACGUUUGACGAAAGCGCCGACAUAUCAAGCCUAGAAAGAGAAAAGGUGAUAAAGUUUGUGCCAAAGGAGGGCGAGUACACACUGAUGACAUACAGGGUUCUAGGAUCGCUGAACCUGCCAUUUAAAAUCAUGCCAACAGUGAACAUCUCUGAAAACAAGUGCAGUUUGAGUAUUAAGGUGGUGUCGUGCCUGCCUUUCGAUAUUAACUCAUUUUUCCUCUUGACCUGUAAAUUGCCGUCAAAUAUUAAAAACAUAACAAUGUCGUUUCAUCCCAAGAGCUUCAAUCAAGGGUACACUGAGGUUGAAUUGAACGCUGAUAUUACAUUCACAAGCAGUAACGUUAAUGUUAAGCAGUUUGGGCCAAUAAACAUGAUGUUUGAGAUACCUCUGUAUAACGUAUCCGAUGUCAAGAUAGAUAUAGGUAUAUACGUUGAAGCUAUUAAAACUACUAACAUUGAUAAAGGAAGAAAAAUAACUACAACCUUUAAAGCCGGCAUCAUAAAUUAUUUCAGAUAA